GAGGCCAACAGAUUCCGGAAAGUCUGGACCUUCUGAUGAAAGAAGUACCACGACAGUAAUUCAAACUGUCAUCGGAAGGGUCGAUACAAAGUUGAAUACCGGAAAACGUUACUUGAAAUCUUUGGUAGACAAUGAUGACACGGAUUCGUUGUUCAGACAGUAUUAA